GGGAACCAAUUUUCUCAGUCAGACUUCAGCCACGGACAGGAAAGGAUGCGCGCAGCGAUGACCCGCAGGUCCUUGCAACGAGCAACAAUUGCAAUAGCUCUUGUCCUGUUGAUGAUUAUUCAGUCCAGAGCGCAAGUCACAUACCCGGAGGAGAUGCUGACGACGACCUGCCAGCUGAGGUCGGGGGCGGAGGGUCGGUGUCUCCCCAUCCGCUCUUGCGCCUCGGCAGUCCUUCAGCUGAACUCGGGGGAGAGGCCUGUCCCGUGCGGCUUUGAGGGGCGCUCGCCUGUCGUCUGCUGCCCGCUUCCUGAGGAUGAUAACAGCCAAGCAAGUGAUCUGCAUGCCCUGCAGGUAUCAGCUCCAGUUGUGGAUUUCGAAUGCGGCGACUCCACUCCCGUAGAAGUCGCCUCGGUCUUCGGUUUGAGUCGGGUCUCCAGGAGUGCCACCAAAAAGGGUUCUUUGGCUGUUGAUGGUGUUGGCCUAACGGAUAACAUCCAUGGGGUAGUGGGUGGGAUGCCGGCAAGGUUUGUCUUGGCCAAAUACACGGCGCUCGUUGGAGAUAAAGACUCACAAGGUAACACUAACUGGUUCUGUGACGGAUCCCUCAUCAACGCCCACUGGAUUUUGACCGCCGCCCACUGCUUCCAGACGAGGUCAGCAUCAGUAGUCCGUCUCGGUGAACACGACUACAGCACGAGAAGUGACGGCGACAGGCACGAGGACUUCCCUGUGGAGGACACCAUCCUGUACCCUGAGUACCGAUUCCCUCAAUCCUACCACGACCUGGCGCUGAUAAAACUAGGGCGGAGGGUGGUGUUCAACAGCCAUAUCAACCCUGUGUGUCUCCCCUGGGGUCCCGAGGCAGAGAAAGACCUCAUAGGGAAGGUCGUCAUCGUCACAGGCUGGGGGGCAACAGUGCAUGGUGGCUCCGGAAGCACGGUGCUACAAGAGGUGGCUCUGACGGCGUUCCCCCCCUCCCGCUGCGACCAGAGUUACUCGACCCUCCCCCAGUACUCCCGAAAUUGGCCGAAGGGAAUUGGCAACGAGACCUUGUGCGCCGGGGACCCUCAGGGAGGCAAAGACGCCUGUCAGGGAGAUUCCGGCGGGCCCUUGGUGUACCUGGCCGACCGGAAGAGGCACGUCCUGGCCGGCGUCGUCUCCAGCGGCUAUGGUUGCGGCCUCCGGGAGUUUCCGGGACUCUACGCUAACCUCCGCCAGGCUCCUUACCUUAGCUGGGUCAAGACGGUGGCUUUCAUGUGAAGUGUUUCGUACAUGCGUCUGGAGGGAGUCAUUGAGAGAAAUGAAUAAAUAAUAAAAAAGGUUGAACGUGGGAUUGCCUAAGAGAAUUAAAGAGUAAAAAUAAAACGUGGGUUUGCAAUGAAGUGUGCUUUGUAUUUCAUUGAUGAAAUGAAAUAGACCACGUGCA